GCUGCCCGCGGCCACGCCACGGGCGAGGCUCCGGCCCCUUCCACACGCGUGGAAGCCGCCCCGCGGCCCCUCCGCGGGGUCACUACCGCGUCUCCUCGACUCGACCCCCUCGGGGCGGAGCAGCGCGGCCGGUCAGGCCCCGCCGAUCCCGAGGCGGAAGCGGCGCUCAGGCAUGGGGCGAUCGCGGUGCCCGGGGCUGCUGGCUCUCGGCUUCUUCCUGCUGCUGCCGGGCGUCCUGCCCGCCGCUGCCUGCCCCUGCCAGGACCCGCGGCUCUGCCACCCCGUCACAGGCACCGGCGGCUUCGAGGUCUUCGUGUUCGAUGUGGGAAAGGAAUCCUGGAAAUCCUACGACUGGUCAAAAAUUACAACUGUGGCAGCUUUCGGAAAGUAUGAUCCUGAGCUCAUGUGCUAUGCUCACUCUAAAGGCUCUAGGAUAGUACUGAAAGGUGAUGUAUCCCUUAAGGAAAUUGUUGAUCCUGCUAAAAGAGCAGCGUGGAUAUCCCAGCAGGUGGACCUUGCAAAAAAACAGUAUAUGGAUGGGAUUAACAUAGAUAUAGAGCAAGAAGUUAAUGAAACCUCCCCUGAGUAUUAUGCAUUAACAGAUCUUGUUAAGGAAACUACAGGUGCUUUUCACAGAGAUAUACCAGGAUCACAGGUAACAUUUGAUGUGGCUUGGUCUCCAGCAUGCAUAGAUAAAAGGUGCUACAACUACACUGGGAUUGCAGAUGCUUGUGACUUCUUGUUUGUGAUGUCAUAUGAUGAACAGAGCCAAAUCUGGACAGACUGCAUUGCAAAAGCCAAUGCUCCUUACCUGCAGACUUUAGCUGGAUACGAAGAAUACAUUUCUAUGGGCAUUGAUCCUAAGAAGCUUGUGAUGGGUGUCCCCUGGUAUGGCUAUGACUAUGUCUGCCAAAACUUAUCUAAGGAUCAUGUUUGUUCCAUUUCUGAAGUACCGUUCCGUGGGGCUCCUUGCAGUGAUGCUGCAGGGAGACAGGUCCCCUAUGGAGCAAUGAUGAAGCAGGUGAACAGCUCUCUUUCAGGGGUGCUGUGGGAUGAGGUACAAAAGUCUCCAUUUUAUGAAUACAAGGAUUCUCUUGGUCACUUCCACCAAGUAUGGUACGAUGACCCUAGCAGCAUCUCUCUAAAAGCAACGUAUGUGAAGAGUCGAGGUUUAAGGGGCAUUGGCAUGUGGAAUGGAAAUAGUCUUGACUAUUCCAGGGAAGCUGUAGCAGAACAACAAACUAAAGCAAUGUGGCAAGCCUUGACACCAUAAGAACUACAUGAACUCUUGAUGUAGAAUGAUGAAAAUUGGUAAAUUUCUAUUACAGCUUGUUUUAUCAUAGAUUUUUAGCUUAUAUAAAUAGAGCACAUCUAUGAAAACUUUGAGAAUUGGUGAAAUCCAACUUAUUAUUUUAUAUGCAAAGCCAUACUUUAAUACUUUAAAAAGUCUAAUGUUGCUUUAGUAGUGUUUGUUUUAAAAGACUGCUCAUCUUCUUCAUUUUUCACAGCUACCAUAAGUUGGAUAAAGAUUGAAGCCAGUGUGCACCUGGUAACAAGAGGGCAACAUUGGACUUACAGGGUCAAUCUCA